AUGCUCCUCCUCAGCUCUACCCUCUUCUCCCUACCACCGAAUCCAUCUCCCACGCCCACAUACCUGAAGGGCAAGAUACCCUUCCGCCAACCCACACCCCGCAACCCGCAGCCCAUGCCCUUCCCCGGGACGCCCCUCCAGGCCCCGCGGCCCAACCCGCCCCCGAGCCCCACCCCGCGCCCCCGCCCGGGCCCGCUCAACCCCCGUCCGCCACCGGGCGUCCCGACGCCGCCCAACACCCCUUACGCAACAGCCUGCUGUUGGUCUCACCGCUGCUGUUGA